AUGGACGGUGAUGACCUCUUUUAUCGGAAUAUUCCGAAGGUGGAGCUCCACGCGCACCUGAACGGCUCAGUUAGCUUCCAAACCAUCGAGAAGCUCAUCAGCCGGAAGCCGGAACUCAACAUCGAGCACAGCAUGACAGCUAUCGGCAAGGGGCAGCGGAGGACCCUGGAUGAGUGUUUUGAAGUGUUCAAGGUAAUCCAUAAAUUGGUGGACACGGAGGAGGCCAUCUUACUGGUCGCUACAGAUGUUAUCAGGGAGUUUGCAGCUGAUGGUGUCAAAUAUCUGGAGCUUAGAAGUACGCCAAGAGAAGAGAAAAGUACAGGAUUAACUAAACGGACUUAUCUAGAGACGGUCAUUAGAGCCAUCCAGCAGUGUAAAACUCAGGGAGUGGACAUUGAUGUCAGGUUUCUGGUGGCUAUUGAUCGCAGGAAUGGGACUGAGGUUGCCAUGGAGACUGUGAAGCUGGCUGAAGAAUUUAUGCUGUCAUCUGAUGGUUUGGUAGUGGGAAUCGACCUCAGUGGAGAUCCAACGGUGGGCCAUGGCAAAGAGCUCCUACCUGCUUUAGAAAGGGCCAAAAACUGUGGACUCAAGUCAUCGCUGCAUCUCUCUGAGGUUCGGUCCCAGCUCGAGGAGUCCGACCUGCUGCUGAAUCUUCCCCCCGACCGGAUUGGCCAUGGGACCUUCUUACAUCCUGAAAUGGGUGGCUCUCAAAGCCUGGUUGACAAAGUGGUGAAGAACAACAUACCUCUGGAGCUUUGCCUGACGUCGAACGUUAAAGGACAAACGGUGCCGUCUUAUUCCGAACAUCACUUCCAAUACUGGUACCAGUUGGGACAUCCCUGCGUGCUCUGUACGGACGAUAAAGGAGUGUUUUGCACAGACUUGUCUCAGGAAUAUCAGCUGGCUGCAUCCACAUUCGGGCUCAGUCGUGAAGACGUGUGGAAGCUCUCCCAGCGGGCCAUAGACUGCAUCUUUGCAGAGGAAGCUGUGAAACAGCGGCUCAGGAAACGGUGGAACGAGUUACAUGGUCAGGUGUUCCAGUGAGCCGUU